GCCGUCGCGGCAUGCAUUUUCCUACACCUAAAGGAUAGAAUACUAACAAAAGGUAUUUACAGAAAAGUCCAGUUAUCUUUGUUCUCAGCGCUCGGAUUUGUUUUUAGAAGCCUUUAUCACUCUCAUGCCGUGGAUCUUAUUUUCCAUUCACCGUGGACUUAGACUUGGUGGUGCUUAUCAAUGUCAAAUUCCUUGAAGCGGACUGGUUCCGGGUAAUUUGAUCAUCACAAGCAACUUGUAUCUCUUGGUAUCGGCUCGUUGUGGGUACUCGUUCACUUGACUGCACGCCGAGUCAUUGGCCUGAGAUUUUUCUGAAACGACACGGCCAUCUCACCUUACUUUUUCUUCCUACCAUCAAACAUGACUUUUCAGCCUCUCGUAGAGCUUAGACUAGUUUCUAUCCCUUCUGCUUCAAUCACUGUCCUUCUCUUUGCUGCACCCCUUCUAUACGCUUACUUGUCGUGGAAACCAACCAAAUCUGUUGAAACCUCGCGGGCGCCCACGCCCACGAAAGUUCUCUCUUUGCCGUCUUUCGACGCCUCCAACAUUCGCGUUUCAAAAUUGCUAGUGCACCCCAUAAAGAGUUGCCGCGGUACUUCCGUCCAGCAAGCGAACUAUACCCCGCAAGGCAUUGAGAAUGACAGGAAGUGGUGCAUCAUUAAAGCUGAGACGCACUUUGUGUUGACGGCCCGGGCAUGCUCCAAGAUGGUCUUGAUCCACCCUGAGAUAGUAGAAGACUCUUCAUCCCCUGAUUGUGGCUUCCUAAAAGUUUCUUUUCCCGAAGAUUCAGAGAGCGAGAGUUUCUCUGUUCCGCUCAAACCUAGCGAGGAGACUCUUCAAAGCUGGAAAACUGUCAGCAAUGUUGAACUAUGGGGCCGUAAUGACAUUGAUGGCUAUAUCUGUGAAUCUUUAUCUGGUCGGUCUCCGUCCGAUAUACUUUCGGCAUACGUUGGCUACCCGGUACUUUUGGUUAUGAAGGGACCUCGGCCACGUCUCUGUGCACCCACGUUGAGGUAUCCAAAACUUGGGGCCCCCACUGCCUACCAAGAUGGCUUUCCCUUAUUAGUCGUGUCGGAAGAAAGUAUUAUGGCACUGCAGACGCGAGUCAGGGAUAUGGUAGGUGUGCAGGGGGUGGAUGAAAAAUGGUCACAAGAAAAAAUUGACGUAGAAAGGUUCCGACCCAACAUAGUGCUUAAAGGGGCCGGCAUCCCCUUCGCCGAAGACAGCAUCGCCGAAUUCACCAUUGAUUCCCACCGCGAAGUGACUGACAGCACGGCGCCUAUCAUCCGUUUGGUGUGCAAGUGUACGCGUUGCCUGUUACCCAAUGUGGAUAUAAGGACAGGUCUCCGCGACAAGGCGGUCCCAUACAAGGUGCUGAUGAAGUUCCGCAAGGGAUUGGAUCCAGCUCAAGCCUCCAAGGCCUGCAUGGGCUGCAAUGGUGCACCAAGCGGGAGUGGGACGGUCAAGGUUGGAGACUGGAUUCAUGUUCACAGUCGGGAUGAUGUAUGAGUAACGACUUGAAUACCUUUCAACAUGCUUCAACACGUGCACGGAGACAUCGUCAAUUUUUACGUGGGCAUGAUUUGACAAUAGCAGAGGCGAAUUGUAUAUAUAGCCCAAAAUCACAGAACUGUGGAAUAGCGUAGGGUGAAAUCGGGAUGCGUCCUGGGAUUACAGAUAAACCUGUCUGCAUCA